GGCACUUCCAGCAAGCUCUUUAGCCUGCCGACGUAGCAGAGAAAAUGGCAGGCUUGGAGCUGCGGGCGGCAUUAGAGCAGAGGCUUGGCGCCCUCGCCAUUCGCACGGAGGUCGUGGAACAUCCGGAGGUGUUUACAGUUGAAGAAAUGAUGCCUCAUAUUCAACAUUUGAAAGGAGCACAUAGUAAGAACUUAUUCCUUAAGGACAAAAAGAAGAAAAGCUAUUGGUUAGUCACAGUUCUUCAUGAUAGACAAAUCAAUUUAAAUCAUCUUGGCAAGCAGUUAGGAGUUGGGAGUGGAAAUCUUCGGUUUGCUGAUGAGACAGCCAUGCUAGAAAAACUGAAAGUUGGCCAAGGCUGUGCCACACCUUUAGCACUCUUCUGUGAUGAUGGAGAUGUUAAAUUUGUUUUGGAUUCAGCUUUUCUAGAAGGUGGACAUGAGAAAGUAUACUUUCAUCCAAUGACUAAUGCUGCAACCAUGGGAUUAAGUCCCGAAGACUUUCUCGUUUUUGUGAAGGCUACAGGACAUGAUCCCAUAAUUCUAAACUUUGAUUAAAAACUGAUUGGGAGGAGUGAGGAUGUGCCUCUUCUGCAGACACCUGAUGUGCCUGGGAUGCGGGUGGGGGAAUACCUAGAGGGGGUUCUCCCUUUUCAAAGGAGAAGGGGAGCUGGGGUUGGGGUGUGUGUGUAGGUUCUGUAUGAGGACGUACUAGGAGAGGGAAGAAAAGAGAACCCUUUACUAAAACUGUCCUAAGAGUGUGUGUGUGUGUGUGUGUGUGACAUGUGUGCUGAAGGGGUGAUAAAAAACAUCAACCAGGAAACACAUAAGAAAAAAAAAAAAACAAAAAAACAAAAAACCAAACCAACCUGAGAGCCAGGUGUGGUAGCACAUGCCAUUAACCUAGCACUUUAGGCAGAGCAGACUGAUCUCUGAGUUCUAAGCCAGCCAAGGUCUAGUAAGUCAGCUGCUUUGUCAAACAGAAACCAAUUGGGCUAAUACUCAUAAUAAACUCAUUUUUGACAGCUCUUUUU